CUUCCGUUACAUGCCGAAAAUUCUGUAACCCCCACAAAACCCAAAGCCUUUUUAUUGUUAUUAUUAUUCUUACAACAAACACAUCACUGCUUCAUUCUCUAACAGGGGAUUUUGGUGUAAGAUGGGAUCAAUGGAGAACGUUUCCAAAGCAAGGAAAGAAGAUCAGAAGUUUGAAUUGCCACCGGGUUUUCGAUUUCAUCCAACAGAUGAAGAACUCAUAAACCAGUACCUUACAAAGAAGGUUGUUGAUAGCUGUUUCUGUGCUAUAGCUAUUGGUGAGGUUGAUUUGAACAAGUGUGAGCCAUGGGAUUUGCCUGGGCUGGCUAAAAUGGGUGAAACAGAAUGGUAUUACUUUUGCGUGAGGGACAGAAAAUACCCAACUGGUUUAAGGACUAAUAGGGCCACUCAUGCUGGUUAUUGGAAGGCCACAGGUAAAGACAAGGAGAUAAUCAUGGAAAAUGCACUCAUUGGGAUGAAGAAAACCCUUGUUUUCUACAAGGGUAGAGCUCCAAAAGGUGAAAAGACAAAUUGGGUUAUGCAUGAAUAUAGGUUGGAAGGGAAACAUUCUGAACAUGAUCUACCCAAACCUGGCAAGAGUGAAUGGGUUAUUUGUAGAGUCUUUGAGAAGAGUCCUUGUGGGAAGAAAAUGCAUGUUCCAAAGUUUGGGAGGGUCAACUCCUUUGGAGAGGAACAAUCGUCUUUAUUACCUCCAUUGAUGGAUUCUCCUCCACCCAAUAGUGAAACAAGAACCACUGGUGGUGAGUUGUCUCAGGUUACCUCCUUCUCCGAUCCAAAUCAAACUGAGAAUCAGACCACACAAGAUGACAUUGUUGAUAGCAUGGAAAGUCCUACUCCUAACUUCAGCCUUUCAUCUUCUUCAAGACCUUAUGAAGUUUCCCCUAUUGCCAAUUCAACCCCUCAAGUCUCAAACCAAUCAACACAAUUUGCACACCAAAUUGGUAAUUCACAGUACCCAGACAGUUAUUAUCUGCCUCAAGAACAGUCCAUGUUGAGGGCUCUGAUGGAAAACCAUGGUUCAAGUGCAAAGCAAAUUCAAAAAGAAGAGUUUUCACAGGGAAGAAACUUUGAUGCUGAUAUCUCCUCUGUGAUUUACAGCAAUGACAUGUUACACAGGUUGUUUGGGAAUCAACAACAUUCAUCAGCUUCUGCAGGGCCUGUGGACACUGAUUGCCUAUGGAAUUACUGA